AUGGCGUCCUUCCAGCAGCAGAAGGCGCAGCGGCUGGCGCGGGCGGACGAAGGUGCCGCCGCUGUCGUGCAACUGCUGAACGGGAGGGCCCCGUUCUGCACCACCAGCUCCUGCUCGGGCCGCCUCGUCCUGGUGCAAGGCAGCGCCGCGCUGAGUCCUGGGCAACCCGCGGCUUUUCCCAAGAAAGACUGCAGGUGGCUCAUGGUGACACAUGAACGUGUGCCAAAGACGCCGUGUCUGGCAGCUCUAGAGAAGUCCACUGGUGAUGUCGUGCUCAAGUUUGAACCGUUUGUUCCUCACGUGCUGUGUCAAGAGCUGCAGGACGCCCAGCUCCUGCACUCAGUGGCGAUCAAUUCUGGGUUCAGGAACUCUGGCAUUACAGUUGGCAGAGGAGGAAAAGUUAUGAUGGCUGUCCAGAGCACUCAUUGCUUAGAAGUUCCACUGACCCACAAGGGGAAAUUGAUGGUCUCUGAAGAAUACUUUGAAUUUCUGGUGCACAUAGCUAAUGGGAAGAUGGAAGAAAAGACAAGGAGGAUUGACAGGUCUAACCUCCGCUGGAUGGCCCCUGAGGUGUUCACCCAGUGCACCAGGUACACCGUCAAGGCUGACGUCUUCAGCUAUGCUUUGUGCCUCUGGGAGCUGCUAACUGGGGAGAUUCCCUUUGCUCACCUGAAGCCAGGGCUGGGCACUGUGGCCUGGCCAGCUCUCGGGGAGCCCUUGGCGGGUAGAGAGCCAAACAGGGACUUGCCAGCCAGUGCUGGGCUGGGCCAGCCUUACACCAACCACCUGUCCUGCAGCCUCAGCACAGACCCCGUGGGUCCCAGAGUGACUCCUGACUAA